AUGGACCAUCUUAGUGUUCCUAUAAACGAUAUUUCUAGUUCGGAUGUGACUCCAGAAAGGAAUUCAAAACACGACCCAGAGGAAAUUAUUUCUAAAACAGAUAUAAAAGAAAAUCAUGGAUACAAAUAUAAGGUUUAUGCAUUUGUUAUUAUAGCAUUAUUACAAAUUUUUGUAAAUUAUGAUAAUGGAGCUGUUCCAGUUAUGCUUAUCUGGAUUCAAGAACCGUACAAUUUUAGUAGUACUGAACUGGGCGUAAUGGGAUCAGUUGUAUACUUUGCUUUCGUUUCAAUGUCACCAAUUAUGCCAUAUAUGUUUCUAAAAUUUAGUACUCAAAUUGUAAUUACUCUUGCCUUAAUAGGUAAUAUCCUAUCGUUGGUUAUUUAUGGUCUUGCAAUCAAUAAAAGUAUGUUUUUUGUUUCUAAAUUUUGUAUUGGUGCAUCUCAGGCAUUGUUUACAACUUAUUAUCCCAUAUGGGUUGAUACAUUUGCUCCAAAAUAUCAUAGGAACGUCUGGAUGUCAAUAUUACAAGGUGGCAUAAUUAUUGGCAUGACGUUUGGUUAUAUUAUUACAACUGUAUACUCUUUCUUAGGAGAUAAGGGAUGGCGAUACAGUGCGCUUACUCAAAUUAUAUUUGGUUCAGUUUUAACAAUUUUGUUUUAUUUCAUUCCUAAGGAAUUUGUUAACUUUGAUCCUUCGAGGGAUGAGCAUCUGGAUUUUGAUCUUUGUACUUGUGAGAAAUCAAAUCUCAAUACCACAGAAAUGGAUAGUACUAACAAAAGUGUUUGUUUAUCCAGUACAUGUGAUGAUUUAUCUCAAUCCAAUGAUUCUGUUCUUAAACGUUAUAGGAGCGUUGACUUUAUCUCAAAGGUAUCAUCACUAGGAAUAAGUAACCAUAUUUCUAAAACUUAUUCUAGUUUUGAUAGCUCUACAAAUAAACCUGAAUAUUCCAAAUGCAGUAAAUGUUUCAUAAACAAUGUUAAAUUAUAUCAAGAAACGAUGAUUGUAAAAAAACUCUCAGUAUGGUCCAAAUUUAAAUUAUUAAUUAAACAACACGUUUAUAUUUUAACAUGUAUCGCAAUGUCUUCAAUAUCGUUCUCUUCAACAGGUCUUCUGUUUUGGAUGACGAAAAUAUGUGAAGAUUAUAUUGGAAUAAAUAAAAGGGGAUUUUAUUUCAUAUUUACAGUUCAAGUAUCAGCAGGUAUAAUCUUAGGGAUAGCUUGUGGAUCAUAUCUGAUUGAUCAAAUUAUUUAUCAUUAUCCUGAACAUCCACUUUUAGUUGAUAUUGUUCUUAUUAUCUAUAGUGUAAUUAGUUGUUUAUUUGAUGUUGUUGUGGUCACAAUACAAAUUCAAAUCGUAUAUGGAUCCUGCAUUUUUAUUAUAGCAUUCUAUUCAGGCUCGAUCGUUCCAACAUUAACAUUACAAUCGGUCGCAUAUCUUCCUCAUAGACUUAAACCAGCAGGGGCAUCAUUCUUCAUAUGUCAAUAUCAUAUAUUCGGUUUUGCAUUGGGUAGUAUAAUUCCAGGGCUAGCAAUUGAUAUCUUUAAGAAUUAUACCGCAGCUCUUUGUGUAAUAUAUUUGCCUGGUUUUAUUGCACUCUCCUCUUUCAUUUUCAUCAUGUAUAUUAAGUUUUAUAGAAUUAAAACAGCAAAAAUCUCAGGAAGAAUUAUAUAUAUUAAGGGUGUAGUUGUAAUGUAG